CGACGACACACUUAUUCAUUCACGCAGACACGUGGAUAUGUAUGUAAUGGGUCAGUCAAUCGCUGCAUUGCAUUGCAUGUACGACGGUGUCAUGAUGCAUUGGCAAGGGGGAACACGUGGCCAGACGGACGCAGAACUGCUCGACGCACACACAGCACGGUGCUGCAACCCCCUGCAGGCCUGCUAUUCACACAAGUGCUUUGUACAAACCGCACAGACGUACAGCGACGGUAAUCGUGUGUGUUGUGCCCGUGCCAGCAUGUGUCGACCAGGAGAUCGCCGAGAAGAAGCACUUGUCAGGGGAGGCGUGCUCCUCCUCCCCUUCCAAAUGCUGCAUGUCGGCGAUCGGCAGGUCGACACAACUGCUCGCCUCGAUGCACUCACAACUCAACCAGAAAAUGACACACUGUCUGAAGAUACAGGAAACCGUGUGCGCCAUUCUCCGAUGCCUCUGCUGCAUUUUUGGUCAUUGUCGGUGGCUCUGUCUGGCAACCUCAUUAGAGAGAGAGACGAGGCAGCCUCCAAUGCUCCACUUACGAACAGCCCCCCCCACAAAGGCCAAGAGGAACGAGCGACUCUCUGCGACAAAAAGACCGACCCACGAGUGUCGGGGUGACACAUGCAGAGACGAACGCUACAAGAGCAGUAGUCAGGUGAGGCAUACAAAGAUGCAGCUAUGGUACAGAGCUGGCGCACGCACAGGCAGAGGGGCGGGCAGCGCAGCUAAUUCGAUGGAUCGAUGCACUCAGGUAGGUAUGUAAGGCGAACGAGCUAACAACAAAACAAACAAGACCGCAUCGAUGCGCUGACGCGUCCGUCCGGCUGUACAAAUCGAUCCGUCAAUGCGGCAGGCAGGCAGGCAGGCGAGUACGCAGCGCAUGUUGCACAUGACCACGCAGUAAUGCAGGAAUACAAUACAACUGCACUGCGACAGAACCCCCGGCCCAUAUAGAUCGCUCAUGCAGGUUCCUGGGCCUUCUUGCGUUCCCGCAUAGGCUGCGUGUCGGCCAGUGGCUUCUCGCGCACAACCGCGUCAUACUCCGUCCCUGCACACGACCAAAGCGGCCACAUACAAGGAGUCGACAAUUCGUGGCUGUACUAUGCGUGUUUGCGUACCUAGGAGGGCGACCUUGAGAGUGGUGUUGGGCUGGUGUACCCUUGAGUACCCGAACGCGAUGCUCUUGCCCAGGGUGUGACCGUAUCCACCUGCAAGACAUGCACAGAUGGAUGAGGGACGUGAUAUGGCUGGCUGUUGUGGGCGUUCGUUGUGAGGUCGACACGCACCUGAUGUGGUGUAGCCCACGAGUUCACCGUUGUGAUAGAGGGGCUCAUUGCCAACAGAGUCCACCCUGUCUGCAUCGGUGCCCUGCACGUCCAGGUACACAAACAUCUCACCAACUCCCCUGGACCUGCACACACGAGAGCCGCAGACACACACGGAUCUUCAGAUUGACGCUUUCACACGUGCUCAUUCAGCUCACUUUUUCUGGAGCAGUGCGUCCUUUCCGAUGAAGUCCUUGUCGAACUUGAUGAAGGGGUCCAUGCGUGCCUGCAGGGGCGAGUGGUCCCUCAGCAUGUCCUUGCCGAACACCUUGAAGCCCUUCUCGAGCCGAAAAGAGUUCUGCGCGUACGCGCCGAAGUCCACCAGCUUCGGGUGAUCCCUCUUGAGCAAAUCGUACAAAGCAGCUGACGUGAUGAACGGGGACACAUGGCCAUGUGGGGGCGCUCGCUGAUGUCGUGGUGCACUGUGUGUGUACCUUGGUGUUCCUUGAGGUGGUGCAGCUCCCAUCCGAGCUCGCCAGUGAACGACACCCGAAUGGCGCGGACGGGGACGCCACCUGCACGCAAAUACAACAGACAGGUAGGGCUGUGUCGAAUGCCGUUUCGGCGUGCGUGUGGGUGUGUGCGUGUGCUCACCGAGUGUGUCCUCUUUGCAUUGCAUGAACUUGAAGUUGGCGGCGUCGAAGGCCUCGGGGUGGUCGGCGACACUCUGCAACACCUCCCUGGACUUGGGGCCGACCACAGCUGCAUACAGACAUUCAUACAGCAAGUGGUAACCAGUGCAAGGACAUCAUGAUUGUCACAGCUCUUACCGAGGACGCACAUAUUGUCCGUGACGCUCUCGAUCCGCAGGUCUGCAGGCAGGCAUGGUUAGAACACCACACGCCGCCUCAGCUAUUAUGCGGAUGUCUAGGUGCGGAUCCAUGCUUACCUUUUUCGCAUUUGAGUCGGUCGGCUUGUGUCUGCAGCCACCUCAGGUCAUGGCCCUCGGCGUCGCUGCCAGAGAUGAGGUAGAAGGACGUCUCGCCCGUACGCACACACGUCACCUCGCUGUGGAUCUUGCCCUGAAGGCAUGGCAGGCGCAUCAAUUAGAUGGAUGUACGGUGUCGAACUGUCAGUCAGUACCUUGGGCGUGAUCAUGUGGCUGAGGUUGCCCCUGCCCUCCUUGGGCAGCCGAUUGGCCAGCACCUUGUCCAGGAAGGCAGCUGCACCGCGGCCCUCGACGACAAACUUGGCAAACGCGCUCACGUCAGCUAUGCCUGAAUGACGGACGACAGAGAAGAUGGGUGGCCGCAUUCUUCUCUUGGUGUCAUUCUGUCAUUUCGCCUCUCACCAGCGUAGGCGUUGAUGCCCUGCACUUCCCGUGCGACUGCCUCGUGCCUGCAACAAAAACGCCGCAUGUGCAUUUGAUGCUGCUUCCGCCGUGUGUGGUCUUUUCGCUUAACCAGUUAGUUCGGCGGAAGGAUGGCUCGUAGUUGUGUCCCUCCUGCGUGUCGAACCAGUUGGGCGUCUCCCACCCGCUGUGGAAACCAAACUGGGCACCCUGCUUCUUCAGACGCUGCACCAACACACACAGACAAACACAGAUGAGGCAUUUUGCCUUCCAGUGUCUUGUCUUGUGCGUCGACGUGACUGACCUCGUAGAUGGGUGUGGUGCGCUCGGGCAGAGGCCUCCCGGCCAUGCGCUCCUCAUUGGGAUAGACAAUGAUGUUGUUGAAGCCGUACGUCUCGCGAAUCUUGGCGUCGGUGAAGGCAGGCGUCGUCCUGACACGGAGGGAGGGACAAAGACAGACAGCAACAGGUGGGCCACAAUACUGCUCCUCUGUCCUUGGCUUGCUUACCAGUCGCCAUAUCGAGUGGGGUCGGUCUCGAACAGCUGCAGGACAAUGACAAGCCCAUGCGCAACCAGCCCCUUGUCUGCACGUGAUAUACCCUGUGUGUGCAUACUGACUGACCUCGUAUGGCGGCUCGCCCUGCAGGAUCCAGUCGACCAGGUACUUGCCGGCACCGGGGCCGUGUGCGAUGCCGUAGCUGAAGCCACAGGCCGCAUAGUAGUUUUUCUUAUUGGGAACCUGCACGACACAAUCAACCGUGACUCAUGCGCCUUUUGCUGUCUCGGUGCGGUUGUGAUGCGUUGCGUUGCGUACCGGUCCGAGGAGAGCGUUGCCGUCGGGUGGCCAUGAUACGGGGCCGUUGACAAUGGCCUUGAUGCCGGCCGUCUCGACCACCGGCACCAGCUCGGUGGCCCUCUCGAUGUGCGGCAGCAGCCGGUCAAGGUCACCAGGGAACAGCUCGGACGCGAAGUCCUUCGGCGGCCCCUCCUUCCAUUCCCGAUCCAUCGCCAUGCACAUGCUCUCCUUGCUCUCGUACGGACUGACAGGACAGACACACGAAGGGGAGAGAGACGACAGAUGGUUGGACAUCAGCAGCAAAGCAGAUUCUCCCACUGCACGUACCCGAUGAGGAUGCCGUCACGCUCCUGGCGGAGGUAGUACGAUCCUGAAGCCGACAAGACAUCCAUGGAUCUUGCUGUCCUGUGCAUCUUUGUCGUUGGGUCAAGGACUCACCAACAAGGUCUCUGAGGACGGGCAGUUGGUGUCCGGUGGUCUUCUGGUACUCAACCACCUCAGGGAUGCUCUCGGUGAUGAGAUACUGGUGCUGGAUAUGCUUCAACGGGUGGUACACAUCCGCCAUGUCCGCCACUCGGUCAGCCCACAAACCACCUGAGCAGCAGAUAGAAAGAAAGUGACCCAUCCGCCGUGUGCAAUUGUGUUUCGUUUUUCGUGUUGGAGGACCGACCGGCAUUGAUGAUAAAGUCGGCUUUGACGACGUGUUUGUCAACGAUGUCCCCGCCGCUGCCGCUGAGGAAGUUCACGGUGACGUCCCACUGGCCGUUGGGCAGCUGGUCGAGAUCCACCACUUCAGCAUGCUUGAAAAUGGUACCUGAUACAACACAUACACAUACACACACACACACACACGAAGCAGGAAGCAUCAAUAGCUCGCAUGUCAGUGGUCGUGUCUGUGAGUGGCUGAGUGAGUGAGUGACUUGACUGACCUCCCAUGGCCCUGGCCUCUUCAGCGAAUUUGUUGGUGAAGCUGGACGGGUCGAUGUGGCCGUCGCCGGGGUUGUAGACACCCGCCACCACGCCAUCGAGCUUGCACAGGGGAUGGAGCCGCCUGACCUCAUCGGGGCUGAUCAGGUGCUGGUCCUGAUGACAGCAAGACGGUGCAGAGGGCCGCAAGAGAGCCAUGGUGGUGGAUGGAUGGAUGGAUGGAUGGAUGGGGUGCAUGAGCGUUCUCCUGUCUGUCUGACCUGGUGCCAUAUCUUGCUCUUGCCCAUCUGGUAUUGCGUCUCGUCCAUCCUAUCGCCGGCCUCCAGCAGCCGAAUGCUCCCAGCUGAUGGAUCCACACAAGGAAUACCAUUGUGCAGCCAUGUCAUUGACCAAGUAUGAGCGUCUUACUCUCGUGGAAACCGAGUGGCGUGCCUUCGCUCUGCCAUUUCUUGGCCAUUUGCUGCACACAGACACACACCGGACAGCCCCUCAUUCAGCCACAGGUCUGCUGCUGAGUGCUGCCUUGUCUGUCUGUCUGUCUGUCCUGCUGACCACUCCAUAUUUGUGCCAGUUUCUGAGGUUGUUGCCCCCAUGAUAGUACUGAGCGAACGACACACACCAGGGCACAGACACGACACGUAUCCAGAUGCACACCACGCCCCAUGAGUGGCGUCUUUGUGUGUUGACCCUUACCGUCACUAGUCCGGCUGCGUGCCAGGUCGACCCUACACCAUACAAACGCACAACACACACAGAAGGACGAAUCAACAUCGCUCACCAAAGGGUCACUCCAGACUCCUCUCCCCUACCUGCCGUCAGUUCGGCCUUCUCAAACAGCACUGCAUCCGUGACCCCAGCCAAACCAAGAUGAUACAACGUAGAUGCACCUGACAUGACACACCCAGCAAAAGCGAGUCACAUGCCCUCCAUCCCACCCCCCUCAUGUGUGGCUUCUCCUCACCUACAACGCCCCCUCCGAUGAUGCACGCCGAGUACUGCCGUGCUGGCGCCUUCCUGUCCGUCGCAAACCCACGAGUAGUGCAUGCCGCUCUGCAGCUGCGGUCACUGUAGAGGGAGCUGACUCCGCCCGAUGCAGCCGGCAAAGCGGUGCGAACGAGGGACGACUGACACUGGCGCGCGAACGGGAUCACCACGGACUGCAUGAUCUAGGACAGUGAUGGGGGUGACUCACGCGGAGAGAUCGGGCGGAGAAAACGCGAGGGCUCCGGUCGAGAGUUGGAACCUCGGAGCAAUCACAAUACACGUAAGGCUGUAAGCAGAAUCACCCCUUCCCCCUCUUCCUCCC